AUGCUCGACGGCAUCAGCCGCAUUCCCGAGCUGGUCGAACGAACCGGCGAACUGGGAAUGGACUCCCUGGCCAUAACGGACCACGGGACAUUCUACGGAGUCGUCGACUUCUACUCCGCCUGCCUCGACGCGGGAAUCAAGCCAAUCAUAGGCUGCGAGGUCUAUGUCGCGCACAACAGCAGGCACGAAAAGAACCCGUCUGAGCGCAGCCCGGCGCACUUGGUGCUGCUGGCUAGGGACAACACCGGCUACCGCAACCUGAUGCAGCUAGUGACCAAGGCUCACGUCGAGGGGUUCUACAACCGACCCCGCAUAGACAAGGGGCUGCUGGAGGAGUUCGGAUCCGGACUAGUCUGCCUGUCGGGCUGUCCUUCGGCCGAGGUGCCGCGGUUGCUGGCGGACGGCAACUACGACGGGGCGGUCAAGGCAGCGGGAUGGUACCGGGAGCUUUUUGGCGACGGGUACUUCCUUGAAAUACAGCAGCACGAGAAAGUCGAUAACCUGGACCGGAUCAAUGAGGGACUGUUGCGGCUGGCGCAGGACACCAAGCUGCCGCUGGUGGCAACCAACGACGCCCACUACGUUCACCAGCGCCAGUCAAACCUGCAGGACGUCUACAUCUGCAUCCAGACGAACACCAAUGUUCACGACGAAAAACGUCUGCGGAUGGAGGACGACUCCUAUUACAUCAAGAGUCCGCAGGAGAUGGAGUCACUUUUUGCUGGCCUGCCUGCGAACGUAACCAGCGAGGCGAUGGCCAACACCGGCGUGAUCGCCGAUAUGUGCGACGUAUCGCUGGAGUUCGGGCAGACGCAUCUGCCGCGCUACGAGACGCCGGGCGGCAUGGACGCCGACGAGUACUUGGCGCAGGUGUGCGAGGAGGGCUUCCGUCGCCGCUAUCCCAACGCCUCUCCGGAGGCCGUGGAGCGGCUGAAGUACGAGCUGGAGGUCAUUCGCUACACCCAGUUCGCCAACUACUUCCUUGUUGUCUGGGACAUCAUCAGGUUCGUGCGGCAGCGGGAGAUUCUCUUCGGCGUGCGGGGCAGCGCGGCAGCCAGCGUCGUGCUCUACUGCCUUGGCAUCACGGACGUCGACCCGCUGGAGUACCGGCUCGUCUUCGAGCGCUUCCUGAACAUGGAACGCAAGGAAAUGCCGGACAUCGACAUGGACUUCCAGGACGACCGGCGCGACGAGGUGCUGCACUACGUCAUCAACAAGUACGGAAAUGACCGGGUGGCGCAGAUCAUCACCUUCGGAACGCUGGGCGCGAAGGCUGCCCUGCGGGACGUGGGGCGGGCACUGGGAAUGAGCUACGGCGACGUGGACCGCAUCGCCCGCAUGGUGCCUUUCAAGGCCCGCAACCUGGAGGACGCCAUGCGCGUCAGCCCGGAGUUGCAGAGCUCGUACGACACCAACGAGGCGGUCAAGAACCUGGUGGACCAGGCGCAGGGACUGGAGGGCAUCGUCCACCACGUCAGUACCCACGCCGCCGGCGUGCUGAUUGCCGACGAGCCGCUGACCGAGACGGUGCCGCUGCAGCGCCCGUCGAGGGGGGACGAGUCCAGCCCGGUGCUGAUGACCCAGUUCAGCAUGGACCCGGUAGCGCACCUGGGCCUGCUGAAGAUGGACUUCCUGGGCCUGACCAGCCUCACGAUCCUGGACCAGGCGGUAAAGCUGGUGCGGGAGAGCCGGAACGUCGAGAUCGACCUGCAAGCCCUGCCGCUGGACGACGCUAAGACCUACGAGUUGCUGUCUUCGGGGAACACGACCGACGUGUUCCAGCUGGAAAGCGCCGGAAUGCAGCGCUACAUCGAGAAGCUGAAGCCGUCCAAUCUCAUGGACAUCGCCGCGAUGAUUGCGUUGUACCGGCCGGGGCCGAUGGAGAACAUCGACCGGUUCAUAGAUGCCAAAUAUGGCCGGGCAGCGGUGACGUACCCACACCCCAGCCUAAAGGACCUGCUGGACGAGACCUACGGGAUCAUCGUCUACCAGGACCAGGUGCUGCUGAUACUGCAGCAGUUCGCCGGCUAUACGCUGGGCGGCGCCGACAUCGUGCGGAAAGCGAUGGGCAAGAAAAUCGCGGCGCUGAUGGCCCAGGAACGGGACAACUUCGUGGCCGGAGCUACGGGCAAGGGAUUCGACGAGGGGCUGGCGGUGGAGAUCUUCGACCUGAUCGAGCCCUUCGCCGGUUACGCCUUCAACAAGGCGCACAGCGUCAGCUACGCCCUGAUCUCCUACUGGACGGGCUACUUCAAGGCCCACUACCCGGUGGAGUACAUGGCAGCGGUGCUGAACGCCCGGUUGGACAACACCGACAAGACCAUCAGCUCGAUCAACGAGUGCUUCCGGCUGGGCAUCCAGGUAUGGCUGCCGGACGUCAACCGGUCGGGCGAGUUCUUCACCAUCGACCACGACGAGGAGGGCAAGCCGGGGCUGCGCAUAGGCUUGGCCGCCGUCAAGACGGUGGGCGAGGGCGCCGUAAAGCCGGUGGUUGAGGAGAGGAAGGAAAACGGACCGUACCGUUCGGUCGACGAUUUCUGCCGCCGGGCUGGCGCGGCAAACCUGAACCGCCGCACGCUGGAGAGCAUGGUCAAAGCCGGAGCGUUCGACAGCAUCGCGCCGCGGGGCGCAGUUUUGUCAGCACUGGACCGCAUCGUGGCCACGGCGCAGCGUGAAGCGCAGAUGCGCAGCAGUGGACAGAGCAGCCUGUUCGGCGGGGGCCCGGGUGGGACAAGCGCGGGGACGGGCGGACCGGUCCCGGAGGAACCUGGGAUCAUCCUGGGCACGAGCGACGCUUCUCCAGAGGAAAAGGCCUCCUGGGAGCGGGAGCUGCUGGGUGUGGCCCUGUCGCACAACCCCCUUAUGGCGCUCACGGCGGCCAACACCGGCGGUUCGGUCGUCUCGCUGGACCAGCUCAGCGAGGAGAUGCAGGGACAGCAGGAGAGCGUUGUCGGAAUCGUGAACACGGUUACCGAGCGAGCGCGCCGGGAUGGGCAGCGUUUCAUCAUCGUCGGCCUGGAACUGCUUGGCGGCGUGGUCGAGGUGACCGUCUGGCCGGAGGCGCUGCAGCGUACCGAGGAGAUCUGGCAGACCGGGCGCACUGUCCGCGUUCAGGGCAAGGUGCGCCUGCGCGGCGAGCAGUUGGAGCUCUCGUGUGACGAGGCCGAGGUGUUCGUACAGGACCGCCCGUCGACACUGCCGACCAAUGGCAGCGGAGGUAACGGAACGACGAAACCCAACGGCAACGGACAGUACAGAAACGGGAACGGCCAAAACCGGAACGGCUCUGGAAACGGGAACGGGAACGGCCAGUACAAAAACGGAAAUGGCAACGCAGGCUCUCACUCGGGUCAAGCAAGCGGCAACGGCCACAGCCCCGCCGCCGAACCUGCAGGCAGCGAGCCAUUCGCCUCCAGCAACCGGUUGGUUCAGCUGGCGGUUACCGAGUCGGACAACCCGCAGCAUGACGCGAUGCUCCUGCGGGAGGUCAUCGGCGUGAUCCUGGAAUAUCCGGGCCGCGACAAGGUCAACCUGGACAUCAGGACCGCGGGCAAACGGGUGCUGAUGCAGCUGCCGGUGGUGAGCACGGGCUACUGCGACCUGCUGCGGGAGCGGCUGGAGGACCUGCUUGGUCCCGAUACGGUGGCCGUUACGCAUGAGAUGCCGCUGGGCGUUUGA